GGAAUUGCGCGUGAACUUCGGAUCAAAGCUUUGUGUCUGACCCUCCUUUUCCACCACCACCACCCACCCCUUCUCGCGCGCGCUCGCGCGUUUCCAACGACCCGGCGGCACGCGCGCGUUUCGCCGCCCCGCACGUCGGAUUUAUUUUCUUUAUACAUUUUUUUCUUUAUUUUAUUCCCGUCCCCCAGUCGCGCGCACUUCGGUGGAGUCGGUGUCGGAGUCUCUGCAGAGAGGGUUGGUUCGGAAGACUCUCGAGCGAAUCGGCGCUCGCGCGCCUAUUUAUAUUCCGGUGGUGCCGUCCGGUCCCGGUAAUGGAAGCAGCAUCAGGAGCACGAGCACGAGCCCGUCCUUAACGGAGGCGGAGAUCGGACCGGACUCUCGCGUGCACGGAAAGACAAAUGAACCUCAAACACCAAUAACAGUGCGCCUUUUUAAACAACUUCAUCUCUCUCUCUCUCUCUCUCUCUCUCUCUCUCUCUCUCUCUUUCUUUCAUUUCUCUUCCCUUUUUCUCUGCUCCCUGUGAUGGUUCGCGCGAUGGCCGAAGCGGCGGCGCGCGCGUAUUUGCUCGUCCUGUCGCUCUCGGUCGGUUUCUUGUGCGUUGCGCUCGCGUUCACCGAAGAGGAGCCCGGGGACCGGGCCCCCAAAUCAGACGGGUACUGCAGCUGGAUCACGCGGGCGCACGGCGCCAGGAAGGAGCUCUACAGCGAGUUCCGGCUCCGCGUUGAAGGAGAACCUGAGAGCUAUCAGCCAGGCAGCACGUACCGAGUGACUCUGUACACCACCAGCCCUGCAUACUUCAGAGGCUUCACGCUCAUUGCUUUGAAGGAAGGACGGAAUGGAGACAAGGAGGAGGAUUACGCUGGGAAUUUCCAGAUCAUUGAUGAAGAGGACACCCAGUUCAUGACUAAUUGCCCCCCUGCAUUAACCGAGAGCACCCCUCGGAGGAGAACUAAAAUACAAGUGUUGUGGAUGGCGCCCUCUUCAGGCAGCGGCUGCAUUCUGCUUAAAGCGAGCAUCAUUCAGAGGAAGAUCAUCUCUUUCCAGGAUGAAGGAUCUCUGACAAAGCGACUGUGUGAGAGAGAGCCGUUGUAUGGUGAGGCCACUGAAAAACCUCUGCUGGAUUGCUGUGCCUGUGGAACGGCCAAGUACAGAGUCACCUUCUACGGGAACUGGUCCGAAAAACUGCACCCCAAAGACUAUCCCAGACGAGCCAAUCACUGGUCAGCCAUCAUUGGCGCUUCACACUCCAAGGACUAUGUGCUUUGGGAAUACGGAGGUUACGCAAGUGAAGGAGUCAAACAGGUAGCGGAGCUCGGCUCGCCCAUCAAGAUGGAGGAAGAGAUUCGACAGAAGGGUGAUGAAGUGCUGACAGUCAUUAAGAUGAAGGCGCAGUGGCCCGCAUGGCAGCCUCUUAACGUGCGAGCCGCUCCCUCUGCAGAGUUCUCGGUGGACCGAACUCGUCACCUCAUGUCCUUCCUAACCAUGCUUGGGCCGAGUCCAGACUGGAACGUGGGUCUUUCAGCUGAAGAUCUCUGUACAAAGGAGUGUGGAUGGGUUCAGAAGCUCAUUCAGGACAUGAUCCCGUGGGACGCCGGGACUGACAGCGGGGUCACGUACGAGUCUCCCAACAAACUGACGCUUCCUCAGGAGAAGAUUCGUCCUCUUACCAGUCUGGAUCAUCCCCAAAGCCCGUUUUACGACCCAGAAGGUGGCGCUAUAACUCCAGUGGCCAGGGUGGUGGUGGAGAGGAUCGCACGCAAGGGUGAGCAGUGCAACAUCGUCCCUGAUAACGUUGAUGACAUUGUGGCAGACAUCGCUCAGGAGGAGAAAGAGGAAGACGACACUCCGGAGACGUGUAUUUACUCCAACUGGUCUCCGUGGUCAGCCUGCAGCUCCUCCACCUGUGAGAAAGGAAAGCGGAUGAGACAGAGGAUGCUGAAGGCCCAGCUGGACCUGAGUGUCCCCUGUCCACACACACAGGACUUCGAGCCGUGUAUGGGUCCUGGCUGCAGUGACGAAGAUGCAUCGACGUGUAUGAUGUCAGAGUGGAUCACUUGGUCUCCAUGCAGUGUGUCGUGUGGAGCAGGAAUUCGCUCAAGGGAACGUUAUGUAAAGCAGUUUCCAGAGGACGGUUUUUCCUGCACUCUUCCCACCGAGGAGACCGAGCUGUGCACCGUCAACCAGGACUGCUCUCCCAGCAGUUGUCUGGUAACUGAAUGGGGUGAAUGGGACACCUGCAGUGCCACAUGUGGACUGGGUAUGAAGCGCAGAGAGCGGAUGGUCAAAAUGCCUCCUUCUGAUGGAUCAAUUUGUGGGGCAGAGGUGGUGGAGGUGGAGAAGUGCAUGAUGCCUGAGUGCCAUACCAUCCCGUGCUUGUUGUCUCCGUGGUCUGAUUGGAGUGACUGCAGUGUGACAUGCGGCAAAGGAAUUCGCACUCGGCAGCGCGUACUCAAAUCCCCGGUGGAACUGGGAGAGUGCAGUGAAGAGCUGGAACAAGUGGAGAAAUGCAUGCUGCCGGAGUGCCCAUCGGACUGCUUGAUGUCCGAGUGGUCUGAGUGGUCUGAGUGCAAUAAGUCAUGUGGGAAGGGUCACAUGAUCCGGACACGGAUGAUAAAGCUGGAGCCUCAGUUUGGGGGUGAAUCCUGCCCUGAGAUUGUCCAGAGGAAGAAGUGCAAGAUCAGGAAGUGUAAUCAAGGCAGCAUCAAUAGCGAUGAGAGAAAGAAGCGCAAAGAGGAAAGAAAGAAACGAAAGAACAACCAGGGAAGAGAGGAGUGGACUGACGAGCUUGCAGGAUGCAAAAUGAAGUCAUGGUCUGGAUGGAGCGACUGUACCAAAUUCUGUGGUGGAGGGAUCCAAGAACGGCUCAUGACAGCCAAGAAGAGAUUUAAGAGCACACAGUUAACCAGCUGCAAGGACAGAAAAGAGAUCCGCGCCUGCAACGUCCAUCCCUGCUAAGUGCUGCAGGGAAUUGUGGGAAAGGGACUCGAUGCGAUGAGGAUGAAGUCGAAGAUGAUGAUGAUGACGGCGGUGGGAGAAGGGCGGAUGAGGUGUCGGUCACGGCUCGGUUUCUACAGUCCAGCUGUCCCUGUUUGCGGAUGGCAGCAGUUUGCUAAUUUUUUUACUACUUUGUUUUUUUUUUUUUUUUUUGGUUUAGUUUUUUUACUAGGAAGUAGUUUAGUGGUAAUUUGUCAUAUAAAAGAAACACAGAGAAAUGUUUAGAGUUGAUGUUAAAGUUCUAUUCAAUUUGUAGUACAUUUCUAUCUGAAAGUGGCUGAUUACAAUUCCUUAAGUUCACAUUUAAUCAUUCAGUUUGCACAGUUUACACCGUGGUACGUUUUUUUUCCAGUCAGCGAAAAAUUUCAUUUCCUUCUCAAUGAUCCCGUCUUUAUUUUAAUAAACGUAAUAAAUAAAAGCAUCAGACGAAUUAGUGCAAACGUUUGCACACCCAUUAGGACACAUCGCUUUCACUUCAUUGCUGUAUUAGCUUUAAUAUUCUGAUCGAUGCUCUGAAAUGUAAAAAAUAAAAUCCUUUCCUAAAAUAAUUCAUUGGCAACUUUUAACUUUUGCACUCGAAAUUGCCAGACAACAAUAUCAAGCAAUUUUUAUUUAUUUAUUCCAGUUAAAUGCAUUAUUAACCCAAUUCAUUAUCUAUACUAUAUUCUAUAUUAUAGAGUCUGGGGUUCGUGUUCCAGACUGAAAUAUCACAUGGUACAGAACUCCUUAAUGGCCAUGCAUUAUAAUAUUUUUCCUGUUUUCUCAUGAUCACAACAUUUUUCUUUGUAUUACUGUGUAUGUUCUAGAAGCAGCAUCAUGAAUGAUCACAUUCACUUUUACUUUGAUCAGAGACUGAAACUAGAGACAAAGACCAUAUUUGCUGCGGGAAAUUAGCAACUUUGAUAUCUCAGACACCAAUGCGUACUCCAUGAUAUACAUCACAUACAUUCACAAGGUGCAAGAUUUUAUUGCGACAUUUACAUCGUGAGCAAACAGGUUUUUACAGUGAGUUCACGAGAAAACAAAGAAAAAAAAUCAUAUAAUGCAAGUGGCCUCUUCGGACUUUCGUAACAUUGUGGACAAUGUUCUACUUAAUUACAGUCUUGGAGCUUCAUUGCUAACUAACGUUUAAAAGUUCAGAGGUUACAAUUCAAUGUCUGGCGUAUGGAUUGAAAUCUGGUUUACUGGCUAAUUAAAGAAAAUGUCUCCAAAACGUAGAUGUAUUGUUGCGUUCAGUUUUCUAAUGGCACAAAACCAACCAAAGACAGGAAGAUUUAUUGCCAGAAAUAUUGUUCUUACCCUGUACACCCUAAAACCUGGAAUAAUUAACCAUAAUUAUUAUUAAUACACCACAUUUUAAUGUAUAGUGAUACAGUGGGAGCAUAAUAAGGUCAAGAUUACAUGUUUCUAUCCACAUCAGAAAUCUGAAACAUCUGUAGCUUCCCGGUGUUUAAGCUCAUUAGCUCUUUUUUUUUCUUCCUUCUCCGAGAAGCAUGUUUAAUAUUUAGUUAGUUGUAUUAUACCUGAUGUUCUUAUAAACCAGUAAAGGCCAAUCGAGUGAUUAAACAGUAGCAUUUUUCUCUCAUGUGUCUCCUCUAUAAAAGAAAGCACAGGAAUUUUCUAAACCGAAUACAGUUUUUAGGAAUGUUCAUUUUCAACACGCUUGUGACGUUCUAAAGCCGGCUCUACAAUCAGACACCAUGUUCUUCGCUUCGUUCGCAUCUCAUGCGUUUACAUCACUGUUUCUGCUUUCAUAAAUGCGUCCAGAAUUCCUACCAAAGUGUCGUGUCGAUCUUUUCUAGUCGUUCGUUGCCAUAUUUAUUCCUUGACGUGGAAAAACAAGAAGAAAUACUGGGAAUAUUUUGGAAUAUGCCACCUUUACAAUAAAAGAGAUUGUGAUCA